AUGAAAGCCUUCUUCAGCGACCUCUCCACCAUCAAAGACCAGAUCGCGGCGCUGAAGCGGCAUAUCGAGGACAUCGAGGCCCUGCAUCAGAAGAGCUUGAAUAGUAUCAGCGAGGAGGAGGUGAACGCGAACCAUAAGGAGCUGGACCGGCUGAUGGAUCGGACGAAUAAAGCGAGUGCGGCGAUACGCACCAAGUUGAAGGGGAUAGAUACGGAGAAUAGGGCGUUGACGAAGCAGCCGGGGCAGGAGGGGGAUGCGAGGAUUCGGAUCACCCAGCAUCAAAGCAUAACCAAAAAAUUCCUCGACGUAAUGCAAGACUACCAAUCCAUCCAAACAAAAUACCAAGACAAGUACAAACAACGGAUGCAACGGCAGUUCCUCAUCGUCAAGCCGCAGGCCACCACCGAGGAGAUCAAGCAGAUGAUGGACGGCGAGCAAGGGCCCGUGUUUGCGCAACAGAUUAUGAAUUCGGGACAGAGGGGUGAGGCGCGCAGGGCGUUGCAGGAUAUUCAGAGCAGGCAUGCGGAUAUUGUGCGGAUUGAGCAGAGUAUUAUUGAACUCCAACAACUCUUCAUGGACAUGGCGGUCCUCGUCAGCGCACAAGGCGAGCUCCUGAACAAUAUUGAGACCAACGUCGGCAACGCGGUGGAAUACACCGAGCAGGGCAACCAAGCGCUGUCGAAAGCGAUCAAGCUGCAGAAGAAGGCGCGGAAGAAGAUGAUGAUUAUUAUUUGUUGUUUGUUGAUGUUGGGGGUUGCGAUUGCGUUGGCUGUUUAUUUCAGUGAGUAUUGGGAGGGAACGGAUGUUGGUUUUGAUUUGGUUGGGUGCAUUUUACUCACUCCAUUCGUUCCUUCCCCCCUUGUCGUAUCGAAACAGGCAUGA